GUAACGCUGUCCUCUGGACUCGGGAAGAGCUGGAGGUGGCUUCUUGUCACCCACAGCUCUCAGCUUGUGCUAGGCAAAGGUGUGGGUGCUUCAGCUGCAGCAGGCCGCUCGUUUCAUUGGUUGAAGACCCCAGAAGACGCUCAGGGUUCAGAGCCAAAUAUGGAUGAGGACAGUUUGAUGAUCCCCAUCAACAAAGAUGCUUAUGAAGUCCUUAAGAAAAGAGAGCACUGUCUAAGUAAUCUCCUUAACAAAAAGUUUGCUUGUACAUUCACCUUUGGAAGUGUAAAAUCCACUGCUGAAAUAUACAGAACAACGCUAAAGCAGGGAAUUCACAUAUCGGUUUGUAAGGAUGAUCUAACAAAACACGAAGUCGAUGCUUUGGUGAAUGCAGCCAAUGAAUACCUAGAACAUGAAGGAGGCCUUGCUUUUGCUCUUUCGAGUGCUGGAGGGCCAGAAAUAAAAGAGGAAAGCGGCAUUUAUAUUAAAAAAUAUGGAAAACUCGCAGCUGGCAAAAUAGCAGUGACAGGUGGAGGGAAGCUCCCAUGUAAGAAAAUUAUUCAUGCAGUUGGUCCAAGGUGGUACAUGCUUGAAAAAGCAGAAUGUUGUGUCCUGCUUGAGGAAGCUAUUGUGAAUGUCCUGAAAUACGCUAAUGCCCCAGAAAAUGGUAUAAAGUCUGUGGCUAUCCCAGCAGUGAGUUCAGGUAUUUUUGGCUUCCCACUCAAUUUAUGCGCUCAAGUGAUUGUAAUGGCUAUAAAGGGAUUUUUUGAGAGAAGUCCACCAGGAAGUCUCAGGGAAGUCCGUCUGGUGAACAUUUGUGAGAAAACAGUAGCAGAAAUGAAAAAGGCCUGUGAAAAGUUCCUGGGUGAUAGCAAUUCGCUUCAGGAAACUGCUCCAGCUUCGCCAAGACAUCCUGUACCUGUCAUCAUAAUUGGAAACUCUCGCUUGUGUAUCUUAAGAGGACACAUUGAAGAGCAAAAGACUGUAGCCAUUGUUACCUCCGUGUCUUCGGAUGGCAAGUUUUACUCUCCAGUUUCAUCACCAAUGAUGCAGAAAGCGGGUCCAGCUCUUCAAGAGGAAUUUGUGUCUCAGCUUAGGCAUUCUUCAUACUACAAGGAGCUCAUAAUAACAAAAGGGUAUAAUCUACCCUGCAAGCAAGUACUGCACAUUGUAUGGCAACAAUACAGACACGUGGUGUUACUGUGUGAGCAAUUAAAAGAAGCAGUUACCAAAUGCUUGUAUCACAUUCGGGAUCUGAAAUCCCCCUCAGUUUCUUUUCCAGCAAAGGGGAUUUGGUCAAAAACGCUACCUGAGGAAACAGUGGCGGAGAUCAUGAUUGAAGAGGUUUCAAAUUUUGCCAGGAAAUACCCUGAGAAGUUGUUAGAUGUGCAGUUUGUCUUUUGCCCAGAUGACAGUGCUUCCUAUCAGGCUUUCCAGAGAAAGCUUAAUUUGGUAGCAAGAAAAGAGGAAGAAAAGCAGUAUAACUGUGGAAGCAAUCAUCCGAGUACAGAGUCAGACAGUCAAAGCAUAAGGAAGACUCCCAAUAACAAACCGGCUAUCGAACUUAAGGGGAACACACAUAUUGCCCUGAAAGCAGCAGUAUUGUGGCUCCAACGCAUCAUACAAGCUCAGGAGAGUGCUCAGGAGAGUCGCCAUGCUAGUAUUGAAAACAACUUCAUCUUUAGCCUUGGUAAAAAGGAGUUUGAAGAACUAUCUCGAGAGCAGCAUUCUAGUGUGCAUGUAUCAGAAAAAGUGAGAGGUGGGAAAGCGAGCCUAGAAUUUCACGGCCCCCCUGAUGCUGUCAUUGAUGCAGUGCUUGCAACUGAGAAAUUGCUGCUUCGAAUGCAAGAGAAGACUACAGCCAAACAAGAGGAACUGCUGCAGUUAAUGGGCCAACCAAAAGCAGAUCAGCUUUCAGAAGGACCCCUUCACAAGACAAAUGCUACUAAAUGCUUCCAGAUUUCACAGGUAGAAUCACACCUGCAGGAGUUUAAGGACAGACAGAAACAAUUUGAAAAGGCUGGGCUUCACGUUCUUAAGAUUGAAAAAAUCCGUAAUCCUCUUCUGUCUGCUGCAUUCCAACAAAUGAAAAAAAAUAUAGAAGAAAAAGGAGGUUCCUCCAACGUAUCCCACAAGUUGUAUCAACGUGUUCCUGCGGAGUUCUGUACCUUGGUAUGCCAGACAGGAUUUCAUAGAAUAUAUUCUCCACCAACAGAUCAAAGGUACGGAGCUGGCAUCUACUUUAAAAGGAACCCAAAAAGCCUAAUUGAGGAUGGAGGGGAUUGGGAAAAAGACUCUAGAAUGUAUGUGUUUGAGGCUGAUGUCUUAACAGGCUUAUACACUGGAGGCAGGCAGUCUUACAUUAUACCACCAGCAGUGGAGGGAGAUGCCACUAAGAUGUAUGACAGCUUAGUAGAUGAUGAAAGCAAUCCAGGCAUCUUUGUUAUUUGCAACAGCAUUCAGGCCCUUCCACAUUACUUGUUGACUUGCUCCCAAGUGAAGUAGAGGCACAUGGACCUCCGCAGAAACCAGCAGCAUCCUGAGUAAGCGUUAGUCAGAAUGCUAGCUAUGGUGAAGCCCCCCUCAGAACAAAGUCUGGUACUUAAACCUCAAGAGGGUGCUCUACCUAGUAAAGUGUUGUGAUCAAGGAACCUCUUGACAGCUCUGAAAUAUCUACGAGGACAAGUAAACUGGUACCUUAAGGAGAUCAGAACAAUCUGUGAGUUCAUCUGUGUAUGAAAAUAGAAUGGAAAGCAUCACAAAAUAGUUCAACGUUUAUCUGUCUUAGUAUUCUUAGCACAUGACUACACAUGACAUGUUUGCAUUAGUUGUCUUUUUUCCCCUAUACUUCCUUAAUCUAAGAUGUUGAAGAACCCAAGACAUUGAAGUUGAUUUGAUUCUUUAGUCUUCUUUUGACUGAAAUGGACAAACGUAUCAGGUGAAUGCUGUUUUCCACCUAGGGCUUUGCUGCUAAAUACACACUUAAGACAAACAUGAAGCAAUGCUUCAGGAUUUCUAACAGUAAUUGCUAUUACAGUUUUUGUUAAGAAAUUCCAAUCAUUGUAGAUUCCUGUAUUCAAAAUAAAAAUUAUGAAUGAUACUA